AUGCUUUACAAUACUUUGUUAUCGCUCUUAGUAUUUAUGUUUUGUCUUAGUCUUUUCCUGGUGCACAGAGCCAGCAUUUUAAAAAAUGAUUUUAGAAAACUCCAAGGGGACAUAAUUCUACAAUUAAAUCAGCCACGUUCUGAGGGAGUCAGUGGGAAAUUGGCCAAGAUGUCUAAAACAAUGGAGGACUUAAAGGCAAGUGCUUUGCAAAGAGCUCAGAGUUCUCUGAAGAUCUCUUCUAGGAGAGUAAAACGGGAACAGAGCAGCUGCAGAGCUCCAACAUCAUUCCUGUAUUUAACAGCUAACACUAACAAACAACCAGGCAUUAGAAGAAAUAUAUUAGAGAUCCCUUGGACCAUUUCUGCGCAGCGAGGAAAUGCAAUUUCACAGAAGGAAAAACAGAAUGUUGUCCAAGAAGAUGGUUAUUACUUGGUGUUUGGACAAGUUCUGUUCACAAGCCAAAGUGCUGUUAUGGGUCAUAUUAUUCAAAGUUGGAGUUCAACUAGAACAGGAAUAACAUCAACAGAGCUAUUGCGUUGCCUGCAAGAAAUGCCAGAUCAUACUCCUGCCAAUACAUGCCACACAGCAGGCAUAGUGCAGCUGCAUCAGGACGAUGAGCUACAGUUAGUGACACCAGACAAGCCCCAGGCCUUCAUCUCUCUGGACGCAGAAGCCACCUUUUUUGGUGUCAUACAGCUAAAUUGAAAAAAGACAGUACGGAGAUGAUAACAAUGCAGCUCAAUGUUUCAGGAUGUAGGAAACUGACACUGAGCUGUGUGACGGGAAGCUGAUAAAGGACAGAGUGACAGUGUUAGGAAAAC